AUGGCGGGAUCCCAUGCCUUAAUCACUGAACCGCAUCAGGUAUCACCGUCACCAUCGUCAACCCCGUAUCCUGUGGAGCCUGGACAGGUAGCCAUUCUAUCAUGGUAUGGUGUGGUCAUGGCCUAUGCAAUACAACUCGCCUAUCGUUGUGUGGUCCGAAAAAUCGACGCUGAACAUACUUGGGUGCGCGUAUGCAAGUUAUCCUUGGGUAUCAGCUUCUUUAUCAAGGGGGUUCUUUUUGCAACCCUCGGCACAAAUCUUAUCAGUGAUUGCAUUGCUGUAAUACGUGCAGCCGAUUUCUUCUUCCAUUUUGGCAUGUUGUCAGGCAAUGCGGUGCUGCUGUUGCGAGUACGCGCCAUCUUCCCGCACGAGUGGAAUACCACAUCCAAGAUUUUUCAUAUCAUGAUCAUCAUCAUUCGCCUGGGCAUUGGAGUGGUCGACAUGUCUUUGCUCAGCUAUGUCAGGGGUCCUCGAGGGAUGUGUCGAUACCAAGAAAGCGCAUAUUGGGGACCUGUAUACACCUUUUACGACACACUAGUUGAUGCAUACGUCACUAUUAUGAUUGGAUACAUGCUGUCAAAGCACAUUGCACGGCUACGGCGAUCGUUUGUGGAAGUCAAUACCAGUACAUACCUUGUAUUCCUUGCUCAGAAUGUGAUCCGCACUACGGUGUUGACGGGCGUCAAUUUGUUGUCAGCUUUAUUUAUUCUCAUGCGUGAAGGUCAUUAUGCAAUCAUGGUUUUAUGGCCUGUAAUCAACUCAUUGGUGAUACUAUUGAUCGGCUACGAUGUUGAUUUGACGCGUGUGGUGCAUGAUAUGAGAUUGAUGUUAUUGAACCGGCGCGUAUCACAUUCCGAGAUGGAGGAUGUGGAAUAUGGUGAAUCCAUUGAUCAUGAUGGUGAUCGUCGUACUCUUCGAUCUACACGGCCACAAACCAUACAAGGGGAACCCAAGAUCCGUGUACCUCCUCGAUGCAAGUUAUGUGGAUCUCGUAUCGACCCAAAUGGAUAUGCUGCCUCUGACCCAGCAAUGGGCAACUAUGCAUCUUCAGCACAUUAUAGCCCUAAUCACACGCCAUCAUCCUUUCUCUCCGAUCCUUCUGGCAUUUCGGCUAUUCUUGGUUCAGAUUACUCGUCUCAUUCACCAUGCGAUAGUCCAUACGAUGAAUUGCAAAAGUUUGACUUUUCACCCACAUCGACACUCCCAACACCGGAAUUGGAACGUAUAAGCGAGAGUUAUGAUCGUACUGCUUCACCCAUGUAUAUACCACCACCUUUGAAACAGUAUGCAUCCUAUUCCCCUUCACCAGAUGGUAACAGCAACAAUCGAAGAAAGUCGUAUCCACCACGGAGGAGAAGUAUAUAA